AUGGGAAUGAGAAUGGGGAUGAGAGGGAAACGAGGGACUACUAACAAAAGAGGAAACCCUCGACAAUCUGGGAACGACAAUGGCGUCAGCAAUGAGAAUGCACCUGCUCUAAAAUUGGCUGAUCAAAUGGCCGCUCUGUUGCGUGACAUAGACCAAGACAGUCCAGGCAGACCCGAACGGAAGCCACAGAGGGAAGGCCCACCAAGAACUGCCGCAAUCGACGACCCACCUUUAAGGAUAGAUGACGAAUUUGAAGCUUUAGAAGGCGGAGGAGAAGAACUUGAAAGCGUUACCGGUACAGAAGAAGAACUAGCCAAUCGGCAACCUCCAACAAGUGACUCCGACAACCAAGAGCGACCUCUCAAUAAUAAACAACCUCCAAAUCGCAAUCAUCAGCCACCAAACCGGCAAUCUGCAAACGACAGCCUUAAUCAGAGACCUCCUCCGCAACCGCAGCGCCAACCCCAAACAACGACAACCAGCGAUAACAACCAACGCCCGUUAAGGCGUCAAGGAACUGCGAUUGUCCUCCAAGCUCCGAAUGCACGAUUUCGAGGAGAUAUAGGUGAUUUCUUUGAAGAUUCCAUUGGAGGGAUCGGGGAUGUUGGAAUUUGGCCCAAUGGAGUUUUUGGUGGGGGGGCGCCGGUCCAUUGUGACAUUCCAGGGACUGGAGAAUCUCUCAACAACCGUGCUCAAGCCUCUGGAUUUCUGUCGCGGUUCUUUGACAGCCUACGGAGGCAAAGGCGCCAUUUACAGGCGCUGCCCGUUGCUUUCAGCGGCCCAGGUAGAUUCAGGGGUAAUCUUGUUCAAGAGGCACUGCCAGACGUUCAAUGCUACUUUGGGGCUUUCCCAGAAACGAACGUGCUGCGAGGGCAGGGUGAAUUCCCGCCGUCUUCGCCGUCUACACCGACAAGUAUGGUUCCAACAAUGGCAACUGCUCCUGUUUCACCUGGUCCAGACAUCACAGAUGUACCUUCACCUCCAGGUGCUCCGUCUGCAUCCGGUACAGUAUCACCUCAAUUGCCCACCUCCGUUACGAUGACAUCCGCCCCGACGAACAUACCUGGAACCACUGCACCAACGACAAUCCCUGGGACUACCGCACCAACGACAACCCCUGGAACUACUGCACCAACGACAACCACCGGAACAACUGCACCAUCGCCUUCAGCCGCCACAAUGGGACCUUCACCAAUGACGACAGCUCAGUUCCCCACCUCCGCGACAAUGACGUCUACACCAGGAGGAGUAACCGUAGCUCCUACACCGAUGACAGCUGCGGACGGACAAACUACCUCACCCACAUCAGCUUCCACUACUGUGCAGCCGACACAGCAACAAACCGUUGCACCCACUAGCCAAACUGCCACGGCCCCAUCUAGCCAAACUGCUACGGCCCCAUCUACAGCAGCAACCCCACCAUCAAGUGCUCAAGCACAGACAAUGAACCCUACAAUACCAGGAGGCAUCUCCGCGCCAACAGCUGUCCCUUCCUCAAGUCCAGGUGCUCCAUCUACAGGUACAAUGCAGACAGCAGCCCCCUCACCCGCUAGCACAAAUCCUCCCACGGCAACAACCCUGUUGCCCACUUCAAGUACAACUGCGCCCACGAAUGCCAUGAUUGUGACCACCGCCAAUCCCACGACUUCACCUUCUGCAGCAGCAACCACGGCACCUCCUACUGUAGCUUCUGCACCCGCUCCAACUGUAGUGAUGACAACAAUUGCCCCCACAGGAGUCGCUUUGGCUCCAACGCAGACAAUGGGUCUUACUCCGCCUGCUGGCACCGAAGGUCAAGUUGUUGACAGUACCUUGCGGUAUCAAUUCUUUGAUGAAGCAAUGCUUAGGGAGCCUACCCAGGCGGAAGUCGACGCACUUAUGGUGCAAACAAAUGCAUUCUAUUUGGGGACAUUCAUGCGAGCUUUUGACAACUUGGUAGAUUUUCAAUCCGAUCUAAUAACAUACCGAUACGAUGCCAAUGCGUUGUUUCCAGUAGAGAUCGACUUCGAUGCUUAUGGAUUCUUCACAGAAGGCACAACAAUUCCCACUACGCAGGAAAUGUUGACCGUACUGCAAAGCGCCGAAUAUGAUGUUUACAUAAUGAUGUAUGCAUGGGAAGCAGAGCCACGUGAGCAAAACCUUUUCUUCGAAACGAGCAAUGUAGAGUAUGCUGCUCGCAUUGGGCUGCGCUGA